AUGCCCAACAUUACCACCGAUCCUCCAAAGCUGCCUUGGAAUUACAUCGCUAAACUCGUCUGCAUAGGUGAUUCUGGAACCGGCAAAUCUAGUCUGACGGUCCGACUAUGCGAAGGUCGAUUUUCCACUUCUCAUGAUGUUACCAUAGGAGUCGAGUUCGGUUCACGGAUCGUACCUGUUGGUCCACCUGCGAAUGCAUCCUUGGGGAUUGGGAACCCGAAUGGCAAGACCAGCCGUGAUGGGUCUGCCGAGCAGAAGAAGAUGAAGCUCUCAUUGUGGGACACAGCUGGCCAGGAAACAUACAAAAGCAUAACGAGGAGUUACUUCCGCGGGGCGUCUGGGGCUCUACUCGUCUUCGAUAUUACGCGACGCAGCAGUUUCGAGUCAGUCACCGCAUGGCUCAACGACCUGAGACAGAUUGCUGAAGAAGGCAUUGUCGUUAUACUAGUCGGAAACAAGCUAGACCUUGCCGAACAAAGCACCGAUAUCGAAGGGGGAAGCAAACGUGCAGUCACAAAAGAAGAGGCCGAAGACUGGUGCAGGCGGGAGAAUGUGGUCAAAUACGUCGAGACCAGUGCGAAAAGUGGUGAAGGGGUCGAGAAAGCAUUCCUCGAGGUCGCUGAGAGAAUAUAUCAGAACAUCGAAGCCGGCCGAUAUGAUCUCAACGAUCGACGGAGCGGAGUCAAAGGAUACGGCACAGGCAGGGGCAGGGAAGAAGGAAAGGCUCCCAAGACUGUCAAUCUCACCAUGAAUGAUGCUGUCAAAGGUGGUCAGGGAAGAGGCUGCUGCUGA